AUCUGCAUGCCAUUCGGGACACAGAGCUGGUGGGGCAGAAUUAAGGAGAGCACACCCUUUCUGGAGCUGCUGCCUGUAACAACUGCGGAAUAAAACAAAAGUCGUAUAAAUGGAAGCAAAGUCGUAAUUAUAAAGUUAUGUACGCGAGUCAGAUGUUUAGAAAAACGCAGGGAAACACGGUGGACACUUCUUUGAUUGAUUUCCUCAACAUUUAAAACAAUCACCCCAUGUCUCGAGCCACUACGCCGGUGGUGCACAGUCUACGGCGGCGAAGGGCUGGCGUGAUCAGGCCAGCAAUCGGCCUAGUCAAGUGACUCCCAAAGUGUCAGAUAUAGCUUGCUCGCCAGCUAGCUAACUUGCUGAAGGAAUUGUGUUAACCAACGUCGUUGACGUCCCUGAUAUGGCAAUUGAAAGUUGCUGUUUUCAAAUUGUGGCUACUACUAGCCAUUGUUAAUCGACUUUUUAGCUAACGUUAGCAAACUACCUUACUAGCUAGCUCAGCUACCAGUUGGCUAUGUUGGACUGAGCUAGCUAGCCAGUAAACACAGCUUGCGAGUUCCAGUUUUUAAACUAGGUUUAUUUCCGUUUUAGGUCCGCCAGUGUCUUGGCAAAUUGUGUCAUGUAAGUUUAUUUUUAUUCGUGUACGCGUGUCUUGCAUAUUAUUAUUAUUUUUACAUCUUGAUUUUAAUGAAUAACUAGUUAGCCAGUUAGCAAUGUCUCUGCCAUCCGCCGAUAUGAUCGAAACUCCCCCUGGAUAUCCCUUUGAAGAAAUAGAUUAUGUGGAUAUUGAAGUUGAAGAGGUCGUGGGGAGAGGUGCAUUUGGUGUUGUCUGCAAGGCCAAAUGGAAAGGCAAAGACGUCGCAAUCAAGACAAUAGAGAGUGAAUCUGAAAGGAAAGCGUUCAUAGUUGAGCUGCGACAGCUUUCACGUGUGAAUCACCCCAACAUUGUAAAAUUGUAUGGCUCAUGCAAUAAUCCGGUCUGCCUGGUGAUGGAAUAUGCUGAAGGAGGGUCUCUGUACAAUGUGCUGCAUGGUGCUGAACCCCUCCCCUAUUACACUGCUUCCCAUGCCAUGAGCUGGUGUUUUCAGUGUUCCCAAGGGGUCGCCUAUCUCCAUGGCAUGAAACCAAAGGCUCUCAUUCACAGGGACCUCAAGCCACCCAACCUGCUCCUGGUUGCUGGUGGCACCGUGCUGAAGAUAUGUGACUUUGGGACAGCGUGUGACAUUCAGACCCACAUGACCAACAACAAAGGAAGUGCUGCUUGGAUGGCCCCAGAGGUGUUUGAAGGCAUCAAUUACAGCGAGAAGUGUGAUGUGUUCAGCUGGGGCAUCAUUCUCUGGGAGGUGAUCACACGCAGGAAGCCCUUUGACGAGAUUGGAGGGCCGGCCUUCCGCAUCAUGUGGGCUGUGCAUAACGGCACCCGGCCACCGCUCAUCAAGAGCUUACCCAAACCCAUUGAGAGCCUGAUGACCCGCUGCUGGUCUAAAGACCCUUCCCAGAGACCCUCCAUGGAGGAGAUAGUCAAGAUCAUGACCCAUCUUAUGCGAUGCUUCCCAGGAUCUGAUGAACCCUUGCAAUAUCCGUACCAGUCUUCAGAUGAAGGACAGAGUAGCUCGGCCACCAGUACAGGUUCCUAUGUGGAUUACACUUGCAACAGCAACAAGAGUGAUACAAACAUGGAGCAUGGGGACUCUCCAGGGAGCAACGACACCAUCAAGAUCACACCUCAGUUUGCACAUCAGUUCAGGCCAAAGGUAGACCCGUUGUGGAGCCUGCCUCUGUCCAGAGGGAGCAGUGUUGAGAGCCUGUCGGAGCGAACACACAGUCUGCUGCCCUCAGAGAGCAAAAGAAUGAGCGCAGACCUGUCAGAGCUGGAGCACAGGGUGCCUUUCGCUCCAACAGCACGUCCCCAGUAUAAACGAGGCCACCGUAAAACAGCGUCAUUUGGCACCAUUCUGGACGUUCCCAAGAUCGUCGUCACAGCCACCUGUGAGGCGCAGAGACGGAGAUCUGUACAGGACCUCCCUGGGAUCGGCACAGAGUCCAGCCAGGGGAGCCGGAACAGCAGCAGGUCCUCCAGUCCCAGUGUGAGGAUGAUGCCGCCUGAUAAGACCAGCAGCAGAGGCUAUAGCUUCUCUCCCGAUGACCCCACAGAUACCAACGGCUCAGACAACUCCAUUCCCAUGGCAUAUCUCACUCUGGACCACCAGCUGCAGCCCCUCGCUCCUUGCCCAAACUCCAAAGAGUCCAUGGCUGUGUUUGAGCAGCACUGUAAAAUGGCCCAGGAGUACCUAAAAGUGCAGACAGAAAUCGCCUUGCUGAUCCAGAGAAGGAAGGAGUUGAUCGCUGAACUGGACCAAGAUGAGAAGGACCAGCAGAACACAUCCCGCCUGGUCCAGGAGCACAAGAAGCUGCAGGAGGAGAAUAAGUCUCUGUCCACCUACUACCAGAAGUGCAAAAAGCAGCUGGAACUGAUCCGUGCUCAACAACCGAAGAGACAGGGCACCUCAUGAUGAUCCACAAGCUGGCCCCUACCUGGCUCAUGCUGCAGAGACACAAACAAACUGUCCUAAUGUCAUAUCCCCUGUUCUCCUCCUCUUCCACUCCUCUACUGUUCCGGGUCACCUGUAGUCUGGACUGAAACCCAAACCUCUACUGUCCUGGGUCACCUGUAGUCUGGACUGAAACCCAAACCCUACCUGCAAAGCAUUUGCCAUCUCUCUCUCCUCCUCCCUCUGCCCUAUGACAGUUAUGAUCUCAACCUAGUUGCCCCCGCCCACCAGCACCUGGGCCCUGUAGGUUCCAGUGGAUCUUGUUUUACUUUGUACUGUAAAGAGACCUGUGUUUUACUGUAUACCUGCAUGUUGCGUCAUAGACACACUGCUGAUAACAUGGAAUGGACAAUAAGGUGUGCACUCAAGCAUGCUGUUAUGGAAAGUCUCUGUGCCCAUAUGUUUGCACGUCUUUACGGUAUAUUCUUUGAUAGCAGACCAAAGCAAUCAGCAUCCAUCUACCCUCUCUGUCCAUAAAGAGCUGUAGUCCUGAGGUUGUGAUUGCCCUAGGUUCAGUGAACACAGAGGGCAGAGGAGUGGGCUUCUAGCUCUCAAUGGUCAGCCAUCCUUUGGGUCAGAAAGGAUGCUUCUUGAGGUGUGAGUCCUGUACAGUAACCUCCUAUUGCCUUGUGUUCCACUGAGCCUGAUGGGAGGGGAGGCCAGUGAGGGGUGUGAAAUAUGUUUCUUUCUAUUGCUCUCAGGGCCCCUCGGACCCUCCCCUGGGCUGCCUGGUCAGUGUGUGUGUCCUCCUCCCACAGUCCAGUCCUCCCGUUGGUUAGUCCGACCCUGACCUGUCUUCCUUACUGGCUAGUGGCCAUGUGUCCUUGAAUGUGAAAAACAAAGAUGGACGUGUGAGUUAUGUUCAGAUUUUGGCGUUUUUUAUGAAUUCCGAACUGAAUUUGGCGUUUUUUAUGAAUUACGAACUGAAUUUGGUGUUUUUUAUGAAUUACGAGCAGGAUUUAUUUGACUGUGAUCACUAAGUUCUAAGUGUGUUUUUUACCCUCUUAGGCAGAAAUAGCCACCCUUGUAUCAAAAUAAUGUAGAUGUCUCCGUUCUCCCUCCUAGUUUUUAUGGCAGCAUAACCCCUUACAGAAGAAAUCCACCACAACCUGACAACCUAUCUGAAAGUAUUUAAUGUAAGUUGCAUUCAUUUUAACGGGGGAUGUAUUUUAGAUAUGCCUUGCAUAUCCAUGACGUGUCUGUGGAUCAAAAAAAGAAUGUCUCGGCUUGUUAAAAGUACCUGUAUUGAAACGUGGGUUGGGUCUUAAACAGAGAUGCGAUAUUUAUAGGUCGCUUUCAAACAACAACACAAGCAAAAUAUGAGACUUGUUUUUUCAACCUGCUUAAGUAAAAUAAACUUUGUAUGAGGUUGAAAGUGCAACAUGUUUAUCAUGACUUCAGUAUUUUGUGUUUCUUUGUCUUUUAUUAUUCUAUAAUUUGUAUAAGUAAGACAACGUUUUUGUGUUAGGGAUUAUAAUUUUAUCUGGUAUGGGAAUAUACUGAGGUACAGUGCAUUUGGAAAGUAUUCAGACCCCUUGACUUUUUCCACAUUUUGUUACGUUACAGCCUUAUUCUAAAAUUGAUUCAAUAAAAGCAUUUCCUUCAUCAAUCUACACACACUGUCCCAUAAUGACAAAGCAAAAACAGAUUUUUAGACAUUUUUGUUAUUACAAAUAAAAAGCUGAAAUAUCACAUUUACAUAAAUAUUCAGACCCUUUACUCAGUACUUUGUUGAAGCACCUUUGGCAGAGAUUUCCGCCUCGCGUCUUCUUGGGUAUGAAGCUACAAGCUUGGCACACCUGUAUUUGGGGAGUUUCUCCCAUUCUUCUCUGCAGAUCCUCUCAAGCUCUGUCAGGUUGGAUGGGGAGUGUCGCUGCACAGCUAUUUUCAGGUCUCUCCAGAGAUGUUUGAUCAGGUUCAUGUCCGGGCUCUGGCUGGGCCACUCAAGGACAUUCACAGACUUGUCCCGAAGCCACUCCUGCGUUGUCUUAGCUGUGUGCUUAGGGUCGUAGUCCUGUUGGAAGUUGAACCUUUGCCCCAGUCUGAGUGCUGCAGAGAUGGUUGUCCUUCUGGAAGGUUCUCCCAUCUCCACAGAGGAACUCUAGAGCUCCUUCAGAGUGACCAUCGGGUUCUUGGUCACCUCCCUAACCAAGUCCCUUCUCCCCCGAUUGCUCAGUUUGGCCGGGCGGCCAGCUCUAGGAAGAUUCUUGGUGGUUCCAGACUACUUCCAUUUAAGAAUGAUGGAGGCCACUGUAUUCUUGGGGACCUUCAAUGCUGCAGACAUUUUUUGGUAUCCUUCCUCAGAUGGCCUCGGAGCACUAUGGACAAUUCCUUCGACUUCAUGGCUUGGUUUUUGCUCUGACAUGUACUGUCAACUGUGGGACCUUUUAUGUACACAGGUGUGUGCCUUUCCAAAUCAUGUCCAAUCAAUUGAAUUUACCACAGGUGGACUCCAAGUUGUAGAAACAUUUCAAGGAUGAUCAAUGGAAACAGGAUGUACUUGAACUUGAGUUCGAGCCUCAUAGCAAAGGUUCUGAAUACUUGUGUAAAAAAAAAAAAACUUGCUUUGUUAUUAUGGGGUAUUGUGUGUAGAUUGAAUCAAAUUUUAGAAUAAGGUGGUAUCGUAACAAAAUGUGGAAAAAGUAAAAGGGUCUGAAUACUUCCCGAAAACACUGUAUACAAGGAGAGACCUAUUCCUCUCCUAAAUGUUGGUUUUUAGUUUUUAGUGCCUUAGAAUUUUGUUGCUAGCUGUUAAAGUACUUGACUUGUUUUUCUUUGCUAUAUUGAGGUGGGAGAAGUUGUUCACUUGCGCCUCAUUUUACUGGACAGUCAGUGAGAAUGGACAGUCAGUGAGAAUUAUGUGACUUUGUGUUUUUGGGGGAGGAUUGUUUAUUAUGCUAAUUAAUUCCCAGGAGGCUGAUUGUCUGGUCAAUGGUGAUGUCAAUAUGCUGCAAAGGAAAUCUUAAUGAAAUCUGUCACUGCUUUCCCCAAUGAAUAUAAUUAAUCCCAGUAGAUUUAAGUAUCCAUGAAAAAAGUUGAUAAGAGAAAUGAUCUUACUUUAUAAAGUUGUCUUGGUGUUUAAUUUGAGCAGACCUGUCUUAACUACAGUCCUUCAAAUGUUUUGCACAAUCAUCUGGUUUUACUGAUCACAUGUAACAAACAGUUUGAUUCUGGUACUUUGAAAUACACAUUCUGAUGUACGAGACAGGUGAAAUUGUGGGUUCAUUUGCUGCAGUGAGUAUAUACCUAGUUUUUCAGUUUAAAGUUAUGUUCACUAUAUCGUUUUAUUGACCAUUUCCUGUAUAUAAAUGUUUCUUAAGCUAUAGGGAACAGGUAUGUGCCUAGGAGGGAGGCAUCAAGAAAUAAACUAAACGGGGACAAAUUGUA